GAGUUCAAGGAAAAUUUUGUCUUGGCCUUCCUAUCCCAUUCAUUCAUAGUAGCUAUCAUCUAUCCAUAUCUUCGAGAGAAAACUGAGUAGCUGAUUUCAACUUUCCAGAAAGAAGAGGCGCAGCAUUUCCCGGUACUUUUCAGAUGUUAAAUGCUACAUUUUAUGCUUGGACUUGCAUAUUUAGUGUACUGAUAUUACUUAAAGCAAAAGCAGAGUUGGUAAAUAUUACAUAUGUUGAAAGUGCUGUAGCCGCAGGUGCAGUAUGUUUGGAUGGAAGUCCCCCAGCUUAUCAUCUGUCUAGAGGUUCUGCAUCAGGAAUCAAUAGUUGGUUGGUCCAGAUUGAGGGAGGAGGAUGGUGCAAUGACUUAACAACUUGUCUAGCUCGAAAGAGAACCCAUUUAGGAUCUUCGAAACAAAUGGCCACACCACUUGCUUUUUCAGGCAUCUUGAGCAAUAGUCAAGCAUUUAAUCCAGAUUUCUACAACUGGAACAGAGUCAAGCUUCGUUACUGUGAUGGCUCAUCAUUCACUGGGGACAUAGAGAAAGUAGAUCCUGUCACCAAUCUUCACUACAGAGGAGCCAGGGUAUGGCGUGCCGUUAUGGAAGAUCUACUUACACAAGGAAUGAGUGAGGCUGAAAACGCACUUCUUUCUGGUUGUUCAGCUGGAGGAUUGGCUUCAAUACUACAUUGUGACAGUUUUCGAAACUUUCUACCAACAAGUGCCAAGGUCAAAUGCCUUUCAGAUGCUGGUUACUUCAUAAAUGUGAAGGAUAUUACUGGAACUGAACACAUCAAGACCUUCUAUAAUGGUGUGGUCACAACACAUGGAUCAGCAAAGAAUUUGCCUCACUGCUCUUCGACAAUGGAACCUGGACUGGCAAAUAGUUCUGACGAAUGCUUUUUCCCACAAUACAUGGCUCAAGGAGUAGAGACACAGUUGUUUCUUCUAAAUGCAGCUUAUGAUUCAUGGCAGAUAAGGAAUAUUUUGGUACCGGGAAGUGCUGAUCCUCAGGGAACUUGGAAGGCCUGCAAGCUUGAUUUAAAGCUAUGCUCUCCGGCUCAGCUCGAAAUCAUUCAAGGGUACAGAAUGAACUUUUUGGAUGCAUUAAAUGGAUCAAGUGAUUUAAGCUCAAGAGGUCUUUUCAUAAAUUCAUGUUAUAUCCACUGCCAAUCAGAAACACAAGAGACAUGGUUUACUGAGGACUCUCCUAUGCUUAACAAGACUCGAAUUGCGACAGCAGUUGGAGACUGGUUCUAUGGCCGAAGACCCUUCGUAAACAUUGACAGCCCCUACCCUUGUGACUCAACUUGUCACAACAAUGUCUCUCCCGAUGAUGCGCUGGGAGCAUAGCAAUUCAUUUCGCUUCGGAUAAUUUUCGUUGCCAUAUUCUAUUUGUUGCAGUGAUCCAAGCUCAUUUGGAAGAAUAAUUACAAGUCAUUUUUUAAAAAAUAACAUUGGCUCAUGAUUUAUUGGCCAUUGAUAUACAUAACAUGUAAAGAAUACAUUUUUUUUCCCUUUUAACAAUAAUAUCAAAGAAAACUAACUUACAAA